GUUCAGCGACAAUCAUGUCUGGUCGCGGCAAGGGUGGGAAAGGCCUGGGCAAGGGAGGCGCCAAGCGCCACCGCAAGGUGCUGCGCGACAACAUCCAGGGCAUCACCAAGCCCGCCAUCCGGCGGCUGGCCCGGCGCGGCGGCGUCAAGCGCAUCUCCGGCCUCAUCUACGAGGAGACCCGCGGGGUGCUCAAGGUGUUCCUGGAGAACGUGAUCCGCGACGCCGUCACCUACACGGAGCACGCCAAGCGCAAGACGGUCACGGCCAUGGACGUGGUCUACGCGCUCAAGCGCCAGGGCCGCACCCUCUACGGCUUCGGGGGCUGAGCGCACGAAACCCUCCCACCAUACUUCAAACACAAAGGCCCUUUUCAGGGCCGCCCACAAAAUCCUCUAAAGGGCUGUUAAUGCGAAGUAGGUCUAAUUUGGGGUAAAGUCCAGUGACGGUUACUAAGCAUAAAACUACGGAAGGUUUAGUUGGUAGUCGUUUGCGGAGUGCUGUUGUCUAAGGUUAUGGGGCGCUUAUGCCAUAGUAACGGGGUCGCAAGACUUAAAUGAUGAAGUGCUGGCAAUUAAGUGUUUUCAGGACAGAAAUACGUGUAUUUUACACAAUCGUGAGCGCCCCGACGAAGGUCUUUCAUGUAAGCGCAGAGGCGGAAGACCCCAACGCACAAAGCUCUCCGGUCACACCAGCCGCGUCUUUGUAAAUGAAGGUCCUCUGGGGACAAGUUCUGAUUGGAUGAUACUCGCUGUGGUGCGGCACAGUUGCAGAGGGUGGGAUUUGAGCACCAUUUUCCUGUUUGCUGGAAAAGGUUUAAUGCUGGACCCGGAAGUGGAGGAAGAACCCUGGUUGGUUAACUUUGUUUUUAACCCGAUGUAUGCCAGGAGCUAAAAAAGGUGCGAGGAACAAAGGCGCGCAGGAUGGCGGGGUCAGCUCUAGACGGAUUCGAGCAGUGCCCGGCACCUGCCGGCUACCAGGCGGAGGGCUGGGGUCCGUCCGCUGCUGGGCGCGGCAGUCGGACGGGGGACUCACGGCCUUCCCCGGUACGUGAAGCAUAUUCCUGCGCCGCUUUUCCAACCUGAAACUGACCGCCAUGUCCAAGCAAGA